AAGAGAGGAGAAGAAGUGGGGCGAGUGGGUUUUCGAAAGCUUCUUAUAUCUCCUUCUUCAUUCUUUCUCACCCCCCUCAAGUGUGUGUGUCUACUGUGUGUUCUCAAUAACUCCAUAUAACCAAUUCAUCUUAUUUUUUUAUUUAAUAAAUUAAUAAAUUAUAAUCUGCUCGCGGGUUAGAUCUGAAUAAUAAAACCAUGAGUAGCAGAGGUGGCGGCGGCGGCGGCGGGGUACAAGGAAUUCCGGCGGCUUCAAGAAAGAUGGUACAGAGUCUUAAAGAGAUUGUAAAUGGUGUAUCGGAUGUUGAGAUCUAUGCCGCCCUUAAAGAUUGUAAUAUGGACCCUAAUGAAGCCGUUAAUCGCCUUCUUUCUCAAGAUCCUUUUCAUGAGGUGAAGAGCAAGCGAGAAAAGAAAAAGGAGUCAAAGGAUACUACAGAAUCAAGGUCACGUGCUGCUGGUAGCACUUCAAAUCGUGGAACCAGAAGUGGAACAGAGCGCUAUACUGGACGUGGUGGUUCAUCACAAUUUAGCUCUUCUGAAUCUGGUUUACAUGGAAAGUCUAAGAGGGAAAACGGGAUAAGUUCAUACACAAGUUCUUACACAAGCUCAUCUGCACCAGCUUAUGGAGUUGCAACCACUAAUACAAAUCGAAGUCCUCCAACUUUCAGUGGAUCCGUUGGCUAUGAAAAUAAGGCAUCAGCUUUUAGUGUAGCUGAUGGUACUGCAGUGGUUUCACAGCAGCCACCUUCUGGAUAUCAAUCUGCUUGGUUGGGUGUCCCUGGUCAAAAGUCAAUGGCUGACAUUGUGAAAAUGGGCAGACCACAAAACAAGGCUCCGGCUCCUCAGCCUGUAUCAACACAUUAUGAUGACUAUACUUAUAAAGCUCCAGAGGCGCAUCAAGAGCAUGACGCUGGUGCAGAGCGUUAUGUUUCUCCUAAUGACGAUUGGCCUGUUAUGGAGCAGCCACAAACCGUUGAUGUGCAAUCUAUAUUGGAGCCUCAUGUAGAAUCUGAGAAUGUAGGUCAAUCAAACCUACCUUUUGAACGGAACAAUCAAUACAAUGGUUCUCAGACAGAUGAGGCCCAAGAAGAAAAUGAUUUUGAAGAUCACACUGCAAAUCAUGUUUCCAGUAGACAAAUGCAUGAAGAUACAUCUGGGAGUGCAACUCUCUACAAUAAUGAUGUGUAUAAUAACAUGGGUUCUUUCCAUUCGGAUGAUCACGCUUUUGGGCACAAUGAAGUUGAAGAAGGCGAUGCGGCAACAUCUUCAAUAAGUGCAAAUAUGCAGCACCUUAGUAUAAAAGAAGAGAGACACUUAGAUGAACCCGAAGAGGAUGUUCCUUCUGUAGUAAUUCCAAAUCAUCUACAAGUCCAGACUGCUGAUUGCUCGCACUUGAGUUUCGGGAGUUUUGGUGCUACCAUGAAUCCCAGUUUUGCUGGAUCUUUUGUGUCUAGGGAAGUUAGAAGCCAAAUUGAAGACGCUGCUGAGGCAGAUACUUCAUCUGUUCGUCCUUCUGAAACUAGAAAUUCAGAGUAUUAUGGUGAUGAGUCUGUAAUAACCCCAGAGACCAAUUCUGUUAACCGGAAGGGGCCAAGUUCUGGAACUUAUGAUCUACCUUCUGCUUCACAAGCAGAGGUACUGAAGCAAGAAAAUCCUGAGGUGACACUUGUGAAUCAGUAUGGUUUUUCUUCUUCUGCAUCUGGACCUGGUUAUACAUUUGACACUACUCAGCUGCUCAAUCCAUCUUUCCCUCAGUCUCAGACACCUACACAGAUGCCAAAUGCAACUCCUUUCUCAAAUGUUAUGCAAGCUGCAUAUACAAAUUCAUUACCAAGCACUUUGUUAGCUGCAAAUGGUCAUCCUGUCAGAGAAUCUGAUCUUUCAUACUCCCCUUUUCCUAUUAGUCAAUCAAUGGCGACGAAGUAUGGUAACUCAGUAUCUUCUAUCAGCAGUUCAACUAUUGCAAUGGCAGAGGCUCUGAAGAGUGGUGUUUUCUCAUCUUCUCAAUCCACACAGCAGACUCCAUCUGGGAACAAUCUGCCUUCAGGACCUGCUCUUCCACAGCACCUUGUUCAUCCCUACUCCCAACCGACUCUUCCUUUGGGACCUUUCACAAACAUGAUUGGCUAUCAAUUUAUGCCUCAGAGUUAUACAUACAUGCCAUCUGGUUUUCAACAAGCAUUUGCUGGGAAUAGCACAUAUCAUCAACAACUGGCAGCUGUUCUUCCCCAAUACAAAAAUAGCGUCUCUGUCAGCAGUUUGUCUCAAUCCGCAUCUGUACCUUCAGGUUAUGGUUCAUUUGGGAAUUCGACAGCAAUUCCUGGAAGCUAUCAAGUUAAUCAACCUGCGGGUCCUGCCGGGUCUGCUCUAAGUUAUGAUGAUGUAUUAAAUGCUCAGUACAAAGAGAACAGUCAAUUACUUUCUCUACCGCCACAGAAUGAAAACUCGGCUAUGUGGCUCCAGGGAGCUGGUUCCAGAACAAUGUCGGCUUUGCCUGCCAGCACGUAUUAUAGUUUUCAGGGUCAAAAUCAGCAGCCUAGUGGGUUCAGGCAAGGUCAACAGCCACAGCAGCAGCAACAACAGCCUUCACAAAAUUACGGUGGUGCAGCUCUUAACUAUCCAAAUUACUACCAUUCCCAGACUGGGAUCUCACAGGAGCAUCAACUGCAACAGAAUUCUAGGGAUGGGUCCCAAGGCCAACCAAAGCCACAGCAGCAGUCACAACAGCUAUGGCAAAACAGCUACUAAUCGCUUCAUUCCUGACUCGGGUUUUUCAGGGUCUUGUAAUGAGUUUGAAAGUGGCCUUAAACUCAAGUUUGAAAUAAUAGAAUUAUACAAGGAGUACUUGGCUUUAGAUGCUGCUGCCCUAUGCCUUGUGAGAGGCUGUAUUCUACUACCAGUGUUUCAUGGUCUUGGUUCAGUUAGUUUGAUGUAGGAACAUGCGUGCGUGCUAAUUUUUCGUUAGUCUGACUCUUUUUUCCCCUUUUACUUUUUUUUGUUUACAGCCUUUAUUUCUUUUGUUGAUGGGGUGUUAGUUCCUCUUUCAUCUUCAGGUAAUUUAUAGUUUUUGAUGGUGAUCCGAGUGUCUAGUCUGUUCUUUAAUACUAUUCUGGUUUUAUAUUAAAGAUAUGACAAGUCUUGUCUUCGUCUUGCUCA